AGUGAGUGGCGGCGUCGAUGCCUAGCGGAGCCAAAAUGGAGUAGUUUCACAAAGUGAGCCCGUCGAAAGCCAAUCGAAAACGGCUACGUCACCUACGUCACUGUCAUGUGAUCUUUGUUUAUUUCCGCCCACACCUUCGCUGCACGUGCUGAGGACGGCCAUGGCCGCCGGUGCCACCCACAUCCCGGCCUUCGCCCCGGAGGAGGCCAACAGGAUUGUGGCUCGUCUACAGCAGCCCGCCGUCUUCUUGAACAUGACGCAAGGCUGGCCCGUCCUUGGCUGGACCGCAGAUAACCUGCGUCGUCGUCUCGGCGACAGACCCGUCCGAUUCCGACUCGGGAGAAAAGAGGAGACCGACGUUCCUCAGUUUGAAACUCAGUGCUGCUACGUGGAAGCCGGCAUGGGUCAGUUCCUCAGCUGGCUGAAAGGUGAAGAAGGGGAGGAUGUGGGCUCUUUCUGCGACUACCCCCGCUCUCAGUUCUGGGCCUACGCCGACUACAAGUACAUUGCCAGGAUGUUUGCACACCAGCCCGACAUGUUUGAGGACGUAAAGUGGGAAGCGUUCGGGUUUGAGGGCCGUAACGGCAAAGAGAGCACGCUGUGGAUCGGCACCCUGGGCGCCAACACCCCGUGCCACCUGGACUCUUACGGCUGCAACCUGGUUCUGCAGGUACAAGGACGGAAGUGCUGGCACUUGUUUCCUCCGGAGGACACGUCCAAGCUCUACCCGAGCAGGAUCCCGUACGAGGAGUCCAGCGUGUUCAGCCGCGUCAACGUCCCGCGUCCCGACCUCGCCAGGUUUCCCGCUUUCCGGCACGCCACCGCGCAUGUUGUCACCUUACUGCCCGGGCAGGUUCUGUUUGUGCCCAGACACUGGUGGCACUACGUGGAGUCUCUUGACGAUGUUACCGUCAGCGUAAACUCCUGGAUCGAGCUGGAAGAUGACCACGUGGCGCGCUUGGGCGAGGCAGUGACGAGGACUGUGAUAUGCGCCGUGAAGAGCGUGCAGGGUGACGACGAUGCCGUGCGCUGGCUCAACCCCACCGAGGAGAGCAUUCCAUCCCAUAAUGACAACAUGCACUACAUCAACUUGGCUCUGCGGGCCUGCGCUCGGCAACAGAAGACCAAACCGACCUCGGAAACCGAAGAUGGUCCCCGCCCCAACAAGCGCGACCGUGCCGGCCGCAUCCGAAGCCAGAUCCCCUUCGGACCGAGUCUGCUUCCUGUCCCCCGCCUCCCCCCAGCCCACAAAGAUGACGCCGUCGCCCCUUCUACGACGGACGAGGCGUCCGUCGGCACAGACGACCUUCUGGAGUGUCUGCUGCAUCCCGACGUGGUCGCCUUGGUUACCCGGCUCCUGAUGGACAAGCGGAGGUCGUCGUCAACGCUCUCAGAAUAAACGAGAUCUGAUGAGGUCACAAGCGCCCGCUCACCUUUAUGCAAAUGAGGAGGCAUCAAAGCGAACAAUAGCUUCGAAUACAGCGCGUCGCUUCCAAUCAUCCAUCUCAUUUCGUGACAAAAACUUUUUUUUUUCCCAUCGC